AUGUGCUCAGAGCCCUCACCUCCUUGGCGGCCUGCCUCAGCACUAGACGAAUGGGUGCAACGAGAGGCUAGACCGAUCAGUCUACGACAACUCACAUUCUUUGGACGAACACUGACCGAAAAUCGCCUGCUGAGCGUCGCCAAUUAUGUCCGCACCGAGCUACCAACAAGGAUAGCUCACCGGCUGCGUGAUAUGCAAACGUUGCCCUAUGUUGUUGUUACGAACCCUAACAUGUUACACGUGUAUGAGCAAUACAACAAGGCAUUCGAAAAGCUACGAAGAGUCCCAGAAAUUAGAACCAUUGCGGAUAAUGACAGAUACUGCGACGUAAUUCAUCAAACGCUAGAAGAGCAUUUGACGGUGAUUCCGCGGUUGGCUAUGGGCAUGCUGGAAUGUCACGAUCUAAUGGGCGCGGAUCGAAUUGACAAAUUCAUGAAUACGCUGUUACGAUCGCGCAUAUCUCGGCGUGUUAUUGCCGAGCAGCAUCUCGCUCUCACCGAGACGUUCAAUUCGCCGUGGAAACAUCCUGACGCCCAUACGAAUACAGAAAGCCAAAACGAUUUUGUGGGUGAGGUAUUCUUACGCUGCAAUGCGAAAGAGGUGGUAGAACGAUGCGGAAAAAUGGCGACGGAACUGGCCAAGCAAGCGUAUGGUGAGGAUCUUCCAGUGCCCGAAAUUAGGAUUCAAGGGCACCUGGGCGCCACAUUCCCAUACAUCCUUGGUCAUUUGGAAUAUAUCGUUGGGGAGCUCCUACGUAAUUCCAUUCAGGCUGUGACUGAGCGGAGAAGAAAUCACUCCCCACCGCCGCCAAUUGACGUGCUGAUAUGCGAAGCACCUCAACAUGUGAUCAUAAGGAUAUCCGAUCAAGGAGGUGGCAUUUCGCGAGACGUCUUGCCAUCUCUCUGGUCUUUUGCCAAAGGGGCCCAUAGCCAGACUCGCCUGCAGAACCUCCACAAGGUUCCAAAAAUGGCAGCAACGAUGCAAGAGUUGAAAGUACCGGACAGUGAGCGGUGUGAUCGAGACAAAAAUGGGAAUUUCAAGACCAGGGGCAAGAGACAGCCAGAUAAGUCUCUGAGCUCACUGACCAGCAGAUCGCCAACUCUGAGAUUAGGCAUGGGUCUACCCAUGAGCAGAGUAUACGCAGAAUACUGGGCUGGAAGCCUGGAAGUUCACAGUCUUGAAGGAUACGGGGUUGAUGCCUUCCUACAAAUCUCAAAAUUAGGCAACAAGAACGAGCAACUGACUACUAGGGCCAGCAUGGACGCGGUGUAA